UCGCACUUACAUCGAUGCAGUGCCAUCGCUAGCUAAACUGAAAUGCUGAAAUUGAACAUCGAAAUUGAAAGCAGCGGCCGUGCAGCAAUUGCAAUGCGUGCAAUCAAUCCCGUCAACAACAAAUUGGCGCAGAGCAGCCAAUAGGAAUCAGAUCGGAAUCGCAAUUGGAAUCAGGAUCGGAUCCGUGUGGGUGUCGCGAAUCUAAUCGGAGGAAAGCAGCCGACGAAAGGGGCAGCGAAAGCUGUUGCCUCUCACCUGAGUCUCUUGCCCCGAAAAUGGAAUCGUCCAUUAAGCUUAAGGACAGCAACUCCAACUGCAGCUCCAAUUCGAAUGGCAAUGUGGGCGGUGGCGUUGUCGGCGGCGGAGGUGGAGGCGUGGCCGGAGGAGGUGGAGGCGUCUGCGUGUCGAGCAUCUGCAGCAGCGACAGCUUUAGCAUCAUGCCACCGCCGCAUCACGAACUGGUCAGCGCAAACAGCAUCGAGCUGAAUGCGGCGGCCUCCCUCAGCGAUGAUAGUGGAGUUCCCCUGACCACCAACAGCUCCAUCUCCAGUGGCGACUCCUACCGACUGGGCAUGUGCAAAUUCGAGAUUGAGAUGGUGGAGAGCGAUGGCGAGGUGUCGCAAUUCGAUUCACUGGACAAUUGCUCCGAGGGCGGAAUGAGUGCAGAGAACUUUAAUACGCUGAAGAAGGGACCGCUGGCGCCCAUUGAUCCGCCGCCCGAGUUCCAGGACUCGCCACAGACCACCCUGGUGCGCUCCAUCUCCAAGAAUAUAGUGAACAGUCUGCGUCGCUGGACCUCCUCGCAAUCAUCGUUCGAGCACCUGAAGGACGAUGCCACCACCACCAUGGUGAGCGGUCUGGCCACGGCCGUACUGCCCGAGGAACCGCAUCCGCCCAGCCAGGAGUUGGUCCUCUUGCUGGCCAAGACCGAGUGCAAGCUGGACGCCCUGGAUGGCCAGGCCCUGGGACAGAUGAGUCUCAAGGAGUCGUAUGCGAUCAACAAGCACCUGUACUCAAGCGAUUCCAUACUGAACAGCCACACGGACAACAUUUACGACGAGCCCAACAACAUUGUGAGCAGCUCGCUGGGCAACAGUGUGGAUCUGCUCGAGGAGGAGCAAUCGGACGCUAGCAGCUGCUCCCCGCUGCCAUCUCCCCCACCACCCGUGUCAAUAGUUAAGAUCAAGCAGACGCUAUGCCCGUACUAUCAGGACCACACUCGCUAUUUCAAGGCCAUACCCACGGAGCAGGAUAACAUAGCCAGUGCCAAGGCGGCGGCUGCCCAACAGAGGUUCAACAGCGCCGGCCUGUCGGAGAUCCACGACUACGACCUGUACUACGGCGCCAGGAGGCAGCCGGUGGAUAACAGCAGUCUGCAGCGCCGCCAGGCCUCGCUCUACAGUCCAUUGGGCCACACCAGCCAUUGUCACUACCACCACAGCCAUGGCCACGGGCAUGGCAGCCAUCAUCACCAUCACCACCAUCAGCCCGGCUACGGCUACAGCCAUGGCCAGCGGCCCAACUCGAGGAACUCGCUUAACAGCCGCCUGAGCAGCUCGCACAAUUCCUUGAACGUCUCGUCGGCCAACAAGCCGGACGACUCGAUCUUCAUUACCCAGGCCAUGUCGCACGAUGCGCUGUUUACGCGCGAGAUUUCCGACUUCUACAACGUGCCCAUCGACUCGGACAUCUACGCUUUCCCCGUGGACAUGAUCGAGCAGCAGCAGCAGCAACAGCAGCAGCAGCAGUUGGUGCAGGAGCAGCAGCAGCAGAAGCCCGCGGCGCACACUUACCACAAGGCAAGCAGGCGAAACAAACGCAACAAGCGCAAGCAGCGCUACGGAGGAUCGGGCACGGGCGCCGGCACGGAGACCAGUGACGGGGAUGGCGAGAAGAGCAAGCACGGCAAGUACCGCACGCCCGUGGGCGUGGGCAUGGGUCAGGUCAGCGAAUCGGAGCCAUUGCACAUGACCCUCGACGAGGUGAAGCAGUUCUAUCACACCCUCUACUCGGAUGCGGGCAAGCCCACGCCCAAGCCGAUGGUCAAGUCGAGCAACGAGACCAUUUGGAGUGUGUCGACCAAUACCACCACCACUACGGCGAGAACGCGGAGCAGUGUGGGCACCACCCGAGGCGGUGGUGGCCCGCCAGGAGCGGGCAAUGGGGCUGGUGGGGCCAGCAGUGAUGGUGGCGUUGGCGGUGUCAGCGGUGGCGGCGGUGGCGGCGGCGGCGGUGGCGGUGGCAAGUAUCUGAGCAAGCAGAACAAGCACAACCUGGACAACGAUAAGCUCAACAACAACAAUAACAACAACAACCAUCAGCCAACGCAACAGCAGCUGGAGAAGCCGCCAACGGAGCACCACAACCAGCACCAGCACCAGCCACCAAACAACAAGCACGUCCUGCACUCGGAGAAGAAGUCGCAGUUCACGCUGAACCUGAAGCAGCGGUUCUGCAGCAUCUUCCGCUUCCGGCGUAGCAAUCACAGUCGUUGCCGCGGCUCGGGCGGCAACCAGACCGGCACCUUCGCCAGUGCCAAUGCGAAUGCAGCGGCAACAGCGCCCCUCAUCCCGCCAGCUGCCGUGAUAACCAGCGCUCCUGGGGCAGCGGGCCAAACCCAGUUGGCCAGCGAACUGAACGGGGCGUUAAUUACGGCUGAGGCAGACGAAUCGAAUGCCGAUCUGCGCAAGAAGUUCCAGUCUCGUGCCCUGCCACCACUACCAAAGAAGGCCGCAGCCUAUGCCAUAGAAGCCGUCAAACCGGAGCCGGAGGAGGUCAAGACGAACAUGAUCCAGGAGCCCCGCGCACUGCAGUUCACCUCCAGCAUUGAGAAAGUCAAAGACUAUGGCUGGUACUGGGGUCCCCUGUCCAGCGAGGCGGCCGAGAAGGUGCUAUCCAGCGAACCGGACGGCUCCUUCAUUGUGCGCGACAGCUCCGACGACCACUACAUCUUCUCUCUGAGCUUUAAGCUGAACAACUGUGUGCGUCAUGUGCGCAUCGAGCAAGAUCAGGGAACCUUUUCCUUCGGCUCGUAUGCCAAGUUCAAGUCGCAAACCAUCACCGAGUUCAUUGAGAAGGCCGUCGAGCACUCGCGGAGCGGCAGAUAUCUAUUCUUUCUGCAUCGUCGGCCUGAGCACGGACCAAUGCGAGUGCAAUUAACCAAUCCAGUAUCUAGGUUUAAGCAUGUACAAAGCUUGCAGCACAUGUGCAGAUUUGUUAUACUAAAGGCGGUUAUACGAAAGGAUCUAAUACAGACAUUGCCAUUACCGAGAAGACUUCUAGACUAUCUUAACUAUAAGCACUGCUAUUCUGAGCAGGUGGAGAGCGACAGUUCGCAUUCGCAGAUAUCUGGCGAUGGAACGAUGUAAGUGAGGGGAUAUCGAGCAGAGAGACGAUUCGCUUGUGACAACAAAACGUAAACGAAAGCAACAGAAAUUAUUACCUUAAAUAAGUAGUAGAAUUUAACGAAACAUUAAACAACAAACAGUAACAACAAAGCAAGCAAGCAAGAAACAAACAAAGAAACAAACAAACAACCGUUGAAUGUGUUCUGUAUAACAAGAACAGCGAAAAACAAACAGAAAAGGAGAACACCAAACAACAAAAGAAAAACAAAAGGUUACAUGCGUAAGCAAUGCGGGAAAAUUGUUAGUUUUGCUAAAACAAGAAAAGAAAAAAAAGAAAAGGAAAAAGAAAAACAAGAAAAAGCGAAAAACAAAAAAAAAACCAGAAAAAUCAAGGAAACAAAAUUCAAACUCUGUUUAUUGAUCAUUUUUUUGUACUCGGUGCUAUACUAUAAAUAUUAACUAUUUAAUGAAAGGAUGAAAAACAAAUGAACAGAAUAUGACGAUUAUAUAAAUUAAUUAUGCGUAGUCAAGUAAACGAAUACCAGAGUUGUACAUAAGCAAGUUUGAGAGCCAGUAAUCCAAGUCCCACCCACAACCAGAACCUCAACCCCCACAACCUCCCACUUUGGGCACGAAUCAGACAGAGAGAGAGAGACAGUGACAGUGACAGUGACAGAGAAAGAGAACGAUAAUGAGAGAAGGUCGUUGAUCGUUGAUGUUUUGUGUAAUCAAUUAAUUACUUUUAUGCUUGCCUUUUAGCUGUGAUUUAAAUAAGUCGUCGAAUGUUAAUUGGAAGACGAUGUGCAGUUUGAUAUUUGAUAUUUGAUACUUGAUAGAUUUGAUAUAGCCUAGCCCCCAUAUAGUUGAGGUUCUGUUAUGCACACUCGAUCUGAAACCAUUUCGAAGCAGCUCAAUCAUCGCAAUCAUCGCCCGUGCCCAAAGGUCCCCGAAAGAAAGCGAACCAUAUGAAAUAACCAUUAUUGUACUUAGUUUAA